UCAGUAGUACAGUGGUUGUGGUGUUCUGAACUGAUCACAGAACAGCGCUGAGCGUCGCUCGCAACUCUACGUAACGUUACACACUGACUCCAUUUUGUGUGAGGGGCUGUUCGCACUUCGCACUGACACGACACGUUCAGAGGAGAAACAUCAAGUAGAGGAGGAUGAGUGGUUGUCGUAUUUUCAUCGGUCGAUUAAACCCGUCUGCUCGAGAGAAGGACGUCGAGCGGUUCUUCAAGGGUUAUGGAAAAAUCAGGGACAUUGACCUGAAAAGAGGCUUCGGAUUUGUAGAAUUUGAUGAUCCGAGAGAUGCAGAAGAUGCUGUUUAUGAGCUUGAUGGAAAAGAGCUCUGCAAUGAGAGGGUGACCAUCGAACAUGCCCGUGUCCGUCUGCGGGGGGGCCGAGGCCGAGGUGGCAGUGGAGGACGUUUUCCUGGUCGGUAUGCUCGUGGCUCCCAGGACAGCCGGAGGAAUCCUCCACCAAUGCGCACAGAGAAUCGCCUCAUUGUGGAGAAUUUGUCAUCGAGAGUCAGCUGGCAGGACUUGAAGGAUUUCAUGAGACAAGCUGGAGAGGUUACGUUUGCAGAUGCCCAUCGGCCAAAGCUUAAUGAGGGUGUGGUUGAGUUUGCUUCUCAUAGUGAUCUAAAAAAUGCCCUGGAGAAGUUGUCUGGGAAGGAGAUCAAUGGAAGGAAAAUCAAACUUGUUGAGGCGACCAGGAAAAAAUCCAGAACUCGCUCUCGUUCAAACAGCUCAUCCCGUUCUCGUUCCCGAGGGCGCUCCACAUCACGUUCUCGUAGCCGCUCCCGUUCCCACAGCCCCAAAUCAAAUAACCGCUCCAGAAGUCGGUCCCGUUUGGCCAGUGCUUCUCCUGUGCGGCCCAAAGAAGCACCACGUGCUGAAUCAGCAUCACCGCCGCCCCCAGCACAGCGCCCCCCACCGUCCCGUUCCCCGUCUGCUGACAGUCGUCAUUAGCCUCCGCUGCCCUGUGUGCUGAGAGAUGUGUCUGUGGUCAACACUGCAAGAGGCUGAUGAAGUUAGCAAUAUUGCGCCAUCUUUGAUCAGUUUAGGUCCUGUAAGUGGAGAGACAGCCUCUCUACAUGCCAGGAGUUUCACAGCACGGGCUCGGUUGCUAGUUUAAAGGCAUUUGACAGGAGAAUCGCAUUCAAUCAGGAAUAUACUGCUCUUUUGGUUGUUGUUUUUUUAAGUUCAUGUCUAAAAUGGGUAUGUGGUUGUUAUUUUUAUCACUAUAUAAAGAGUGAGGUUUGAUUGAUGUUGAGUCUUUAAUUGUAUAAAUAUAUUUAAGGACGAGCCAGUAAAUGUGAUUGUUUUCAAUUAGUGCGACCCUAUGAUGUGUGUUGAAAAUACUGAAUUAGGAUUCAAUACAUAGUAUGACUCAUGACAAGAAGACCAGAAAAAGUGCUUCAUGAAAGGCUGAUAAGAAUAUGAAUUUCAAGUGCAAGAACUGCCACACAAAAUGAGGUGCAAAAACAAAAUGAACAGCCAUUUCAUAUCCUACAUAUAUAGUAAAAGGAAGUUUCUAAUACUUUGCGGGUCUUUCAGUGUUUUAUGAAAAAGCCUGUGCCGUUUGGGCCAGCGAACUGUAUAUUUUUGUUACUUCAUGAAUAUACAGUAAGUGUGAAUUGUUUGUAAUGUGGAUGCUUGAAUUAUAAUCAAAGAAUCGCCCAAGUUCCCUCCACGUUGCAUGACAAAAGAGAUCUUUUCAUAUUUGUGAACCCCGUAUCAUAUACACCCUAUUCAUAUGCAUUUAAUUUCUCACUGUGGAUACACAUUUCAAUGUUGCAUUAGUUUGUAGGAGUAAAUUAUGCUUUUUUUGCAAUGCAUAGUUUCUUUUAUUUAACAAUUCAGGAUAUGAUUUUAAUGUCAUUUCUGAUGCAUCAUGUAUUCCGGUUUUAUGUAAAAAUCUGUUUUAGUCUGGAUAUGUUUUGAUGCAUGUGUUACCGUUCUGUUCCAGGUUACAAAUAUUACACAUGAAAAUGUUUUUGAACAUUUACAGAGUUUGUGUAGCACUGUUAAAAAUGAAUAAAUUACUGAAAAACUGUUA